UUGAUCGAAGUGUUGACAAUACAAACGACACGGUCAGAGGGGUUGGUAGCUAAAGGUGCACAACUCAAGCUUCUGUUCACUAUAGAAAAAAACCUUUGGAUUACGUAUUAUUGCCUAAUAAUAUUACUUACCCAGUGGAGGUCUUUUCGUCUAUCUUGGAUUUUUAGUUAUUUGCAAGCUAAUUUUAAGAUGAUCUUUUAAAUUGUUUCGUGUGUAGCGCAUUAUACAAAGGUUUUCGAGAAAUUGAUCACACAACUGGUGCUUCAUUUGAAUGAUGAUAAAUAAAAACAUGGGGAAUAGAUUAAUUUGUUUAUUGGUGAUGGUUGCCAUGGGAUCUUGUGUUGAUCUUACUAAAGCUGAUUUGUGCGACGUUAAUGGUAGUUACGAGGUCUUUAUUCGUGGUAUCAGGGAAGAUACACAAAUAGGUGAAGUUAUUUAUACCAUAAAUUUCGCUGGUACGCCAAACGAAAUUAUUCUACAGCAAGCAGCAAACAGUUUCUUUGAUUUCGACCCUCAGACGAGGAAUGUGACUAUAAAAGCUGGAUUAGACAGGGAAACACAGGGAGAAAAAUUAACAUUUAAAGUGUCAUGUAAAGUGAAUACAACUAAUGCUCCAACAGUUGAUAUAACUGUGAAUGUAUUAAUAGUUGAUGUCAAUGACAAUUCACCGAAUUUUACUGUAAAUACUUAUUAUUUGAACAUAAGUGAGGAUGUUCCUGUGGGUCAGAAUAUUGUGACUAAUAUUAAAGCCAACGAUUCAGAUCCUGGACAAAAUGGACAGAUUUUGUAUGAUAUCGUUCAAGGCCAAUAUUCUGAAUAUUUUGAAAUAGAAGAUAAGGUAAAAACUGUCAUUCGUCUGAAUAAAUCCUUGGAUUAUGAACAACUUAAAAUCAUGACAUUAAAUAUUUCAGCGAAGGACCAGCCUAUGAAUGAACCCGCACUAACUUCCAUGUGUCAGCUUGUUGUAACCGUCCUGGAUGCUGAUGAUUCCAGCCCAGAAUUUACUAAAAAAAAGUACACCGGAAGCAUCCUUAACACCGCAACACCGGGAACAAAAGUAAAUGUCAACGCUAAAAUACUUGCAACAGAUCCAGAUGUUACAAUUAAUUCUCCCGUUAAAUAUUCCUUAUAUGAUGAGGAUAAUGUAUUUGAGAUUGAUGGAACAUCUGGUGAGGUAAAAGUUAAACAAACUCCAACUGCUAAAACAUAUUCUCUCAUGGUAGAGGCAAUUCAAGUAGAUAAUAGUUUAAGAAAGGGAACAGCGAUAUUACAGAUUCGAGUAUUAGAUAGUAAUACUACUAGUCCACCAAUGUUUGAAAGGACUAACUACUAUCUAUCAGUACCAGAGUCAACACCUAUUCUUACAACAAUUCUUACUCUAUCAGUUAAAGACAAUGAUAUUGAUGACACUGUAACUUUUGCAUUAAGAACGGCUUCCAGUAUAUUUGAUGUUAAUCCACAAAGUGGUGAUCUACUGGUUAAAAAAUCUCUAGAUUAUGAGACACAGCGAAAUUAUACUCUACAAAUAACUGCAACAGAUGACACACAUACGGCCACUGCAACAGUUAAAGUUACAGUUUCUGAUGUGAAUGAUAAUAAUCCGAGCAUUGUACAAAAGGAAGAAAUUGUCGCGGCGCAGAGACAAAAUGGUGCCAUCUUAACUACAAUAAUGGCAACGGAUCAAGACGAAUCCAGCAAACUCUCUUUUGUUCUGCGCAGCUACACAGAUCUCUUUGCCGUCAGUGACGAAGGUGUAGUCUCGAUCAUAGGUCUUGCUGAGGAAUUAAAAGAAAAUAGUUAUGCCCUGUUGAUCGAAGUUUCGGAUAACGGUAUACCGCCAAGAAAAGAAUCAAAGAUUAUUACUGUUGAAUUUUCCAAAUUGCCCGUGACAGGCGGAGUGAUUAUGGCGGGUGGCCAAGAUGAUACAUUGGCGAUCGUGUUUGGGGUAUUGGCAGCCAUCAUGUUCAUAGUAAUAAUCGUUCUACUCUUCUACAUCUUCAGAAAACGUGAGGAAUUUGAAAACUUAAGAAGACAGCAAAGCUCAGAACACCUAAGCAAGGCCAAACUAAACCGAUCAAAUAAUCCCAAGGGAUUGGCUUUCAAAUCAAACCCUCCAGCAAGAAACAACCCAGGUCUCAUUAACAUCGAUUAUCAUGGCAACAUCGACGAAACUUCUGAUCAAGGCGCCACUACUAUCCAGGAAAAUCCCUUUAACGAUGACCGAAUUAAUUACGGUUACGUGCACAGCGAUUCUGAGACAGAUAGAGACAUGGAUGAGAUACACAUUGAAACAUCGGUUAUACCUUAUGAUGCUUACAAGACCAAUUCCGGCGUCUAUAGAAACGUUGAUGACCAUCCGAUAAAUAACAACUAUGACAGCCAUAACUACGAAAACGGUUACGAGAAUGGCUCCCUCGGUACCUUUAAAGAUAGUAUUAGUUCGGAAAGUAUUAACAGCGAAUCUGUGAAUAGUAAAAAGGCGUUGGUUGGUGGAAACAAUAAACGACCAGCUAUGCAUAUGAUGUCAUGGGAUAAUAAUGGCCAAGUUCCGUCGGUGGCGUCUAUGGUAUGUAUCCCUACAGUAAAAACGUUGCAAAGUUUUGACAAUGAUGUUGAGAUAGUCCCAAUCGAGGAGAAACCGGAAAUCACGGUUUAUUUCUAAUAAUAAUAUUGUGAAGACAUGUGAUUGGUUGAAGUAAAAUAAUCCUACGCCAGUCAAAAAUAACCCAAUGAUUGUGAUAAUAAUUAAUUGAUGCAUAUUCAUGAUAGCAUGUUUACAACGUUUUGCGUAAACCCACAGUGACCAAUAAAAACAGCUGUUUUCAAAUGCACAGAUAGUGAAUAGAGUAGAUGUGUUGUGUCUUGUGAUUGGUUUCAACGCUCUGUGUAAAGAACGGGCUGUGAUUGGUUUUCUACUAAUACGUGAUUUGGUUUAGGAAAUAACCGUUUUGUAAAUAACCUAUGUGUGAAAUUACCAGUGUCCCUUCUAAGUUCACAACGGCAGGGAAACUAUAAUGGUCGACAAAAACCAGUACGUAUAUCCAUUCCCAAGAAUAAAUCAAUGUUUACAUAUUUGAGUAUAAGUGAUUGAUUUAAGGCUAUCUAAUUCUACACCGAAAAGCUUAUUAUAUACACGUAUAUAUUUAUAUAAUAAAAGAUUCACAUGUAAGGAUAUAUACCUUUAUAUAUUAACAGGUUAACAUGUAAGGAAAUAUACUUUUAUAUAGUAACAGGUUCACAUGUAUGGAGUUAGACCUUUGUAUAUUAACAGGUUCACGUGUAUGAUUAUCAGGUUCACAUGUAAGCAAAAAGACUGUUGUAUAUCAACUUGAUCUCUUGACCUUACGGGCAUUCACUUGUCCUACAUUUUUUCUCAUGUUUAAUAAAAGCGGUGCAAAAUUUUCAAAUUAAAGGUCACAUUCAAGUAAAUGGAUCAUUGUAUAUUGCAGGUUCACAUGUAAGUUCCCGUGAAUAACGGCUCCAUGUGAAAAGUCACAUUUAUUUGAUUUUGAUGAUAUAAAUAUCAAAAUUCAUCCAAAAUUGGUAAUUGGAUAGACCCCAUGAUCUUGCUUGGUAUUAUACUUGGCCAAGUUAGAGUAUGGGAACAUUUUGCUUUUGUGUUAAGCAAUGUAUCUAGAAGACAAUUUACCCAUUUUCACAUUUAUGAUAUACCCCCACUUCGAAAGCCAUUGUAUGAUAAUAAAUAGAUGCUAGUUUCCUUUCGAUUAUUCUGUUGUCACUCCGAAUACAGUAAAACUCGGAAAAUAAAACGAAUUAAACGAAAUGAUGAUAAUAGUGUUAAAUGUAUAAAGAUCAUUGUAUUUAAUUUUGUUAAGAGUAAUUUGUAUAUUAAGUCCCACCAUUGUUGUAUAUUUAAUAUCAGUUUCAUAUCAUAUACAUGUAUAUAUUGUACAUAAUAUUAGUGAAACAUUAUUUUUAUGAUAAAAUGCAUACCAUGUGAAUAAUUGUACGAAAAUAAUUUAUUUAUCAAUAAUAAUAAUAUAAUUUUUAA